AAAAAAAAAACAUUCAUGGCAUCCAGGAUUUCCAUCACUGAACUCGCACAGGAAUGGUUGCGUCUUGAUCAGAAUCCAGAGACCCGCAAGGAGAUUUCGACUUUACUUGAGACCAACAACAAUGCAGAGUUGGAGGCUCGUCUUCGAAACCACAUCGAAUUUGGCACUGCUGGUUUACGUGCUUCAAUGGAAGCAGGGUUCUCUCGCAUGAACGACCUGACUGUCAUCCAGGCCUCACAGGGAUUGUGUCUAUAUGUAUUGGAGCAUGUUAAGGAUGCAAAGGAGCGUGGUGUUGUCAUUGGUCAUGACCAUCGUCAUCACUCCAACGACUUCGCCCGCCUCACAGCUGGUGUGUUCCUCUCCAAGGGCGUCAAGGUUUAUGCGUAUAAGGAUCUAGUCCACACACCUAUGGUGCCCUUUGGUGUCAAAUCAUUGAAUGCUGCUUGCGGUAUCAUGAUUACUGCUUCGCACAACCCCAAGAAGGACAACGGAUACAAGGUUUAUUGGGGAAAUGCAUGCCAGAUUAUUCCUCCUCAUGACGAGGGUAUUGCCAAGAUGAUCCUCGAUAACUUGGAUCCCUGGGUUUGGGACUACAAAUCCUUUGAAAACCCAGCACUUAUUGACCCUACAGAUAAGCUUGUUCCUGCCUACUUUGACCAGGUUGAGAAGCUAUGCAUUGCCAAAGAAGAUAAUGCAGCAUCCGACACUAAGUUUGUAUACACUGCGAUGCAUGGAGUCGGUUACCCAUUUGCAAAGCAAGUCUUUGAACGUUUCGGAUUUAAGCCUUUGAUCCCAACGAAGGAGCAGAUUGAGCCGGACCCAGAGUUCCCUACAGUUGUUUUCCCUAACCCAGAAGAAGGAAAAGGAGCACUUGCAUUGGCAUUCAAGACCGCUGAUGAAGUUGGAGCUACAGUCGUGUUUGCAAAUGAUCCCGAUGCGGAUAGAUUCACGGUGGCAGAGAAGCAGGACAAUGGAGAAUGGAUCUUAUUUACUGGCAAUCAGAUCGGAACUAUGUUUGCAUGCAAUGCUCUCGAAAAUUGGCGAUCAUCUGGCAAGAGUGAUGCCAAGGUUGCAAUGCUUUGCUCAACAGUCUCUUCCAAUAUGUUGGCCAAAGUUUCAAAGACUGAGGGCAUCCAUUGGGAAGAUACUCUCACUGGAUUCAAGUGGAUUGGUAACAGAGCCAUCGACCUGGAGAAGGAAGGUUACAAUGUCAUCUUUGGAUAUGAGGAGGCUAUUGGGUUCAUGUUGGGGGAUAUUGUCCGCGACAAGGAUGGUGUUAGUGCUUUAGGAUGCUUUGCUCAGAUGACCGCUGCGCUUUAUAAGAAAGGAGUAAAGAUCUCAGGCUACCUUGACAGCCUCUAUAAGAAGUAUGGCUAUUUUGUGUCUGCCAACUCUUACUUUAUUUGCUAUGAGAAAGAGACGAUUGACAGGAUCUUCAACAAAAUGCGAUUUGGCGCUUCGCCGCAGAAUGAUGAAACAGGUCGAUUCUCUCACAAACCCACAUAUCCUACUCACAUCGGACCUCACAAGGUGACAAAUGUGCGUGAUCUAACUCUGGGCUACGACACCUCAAAGAAGGACGGUGUCCCAACAUUGCCUGUCUCUCCUUCAGCACAAAUGAUUACAUUCUAUCUCGAGAAUGGAUGCGUGUUCACGCUGCGCACGAGCGGAACAGAACCCAAAAUCAAGUAUUAUCUGGAGGUCUCCUCAUCAACACAACAAGAAGCAGAACUGCAAGCUAAAGAGAUUGAAGCAGCAAUGUGCAGCCAAUUGCUUGAACCGGAGGUCAAUGGUCUGCAAUAUCGUGUAUCAGCAUGAAGAAACAAGCCUUCUGGUGCAUCAUCACACGAUAAAUGAAUGAAAAUAAACUUUCUUUUUCUCC